AUGAUAGCUAAUAGAACCCCUAUUCGUACGACCCUCUGCGACCUCCAGGUACUCUGGGGCAGCCCCGGCAUCAUUGGGGUUUUGCUUCGCUUCUUGGAUCUAUCGAGCAUCACCUCUCUCCCAGCGUUGGCGCAGCGUUUCGCGGCGAAUCACUUGCGUGUGCUUUUCAUGCUUGCCCGGACCACACCUAGACUCGAGCGACGCCUCAUGGAUGCGCUGUCUGAUAACGGCUACGAUGCCGUCCGAUUUCGGCAGCGGUGGGAAGCCCCGCUUCGUGCGAACUGGAUGCGCGACAACGCGAAGCAGGAUGGACACGGUCGUGUUCCCCCUGUGGACAUCCGUAAACGACGAUCGGGAUCUGGGCCUUGCUUCUUGUCUAUAACCCAUGGUGGACUGGUUUGGCCGGCAAAGUCACGUCGUGGAGGGCGCUAUGGUGCACUGAUGUAUCACAGUGGCAGGUCAACACACGUUCUCCAGGCGGAUGCUCGGCGGUUGGAAUGGUUCCAUUUCGAGGCAGCAUUUAACUGGCAGACUCACAUGCUCGACCUGUCAGUCAAUGGUAGUUUCUGGCGGCUUCCUUUCUCCGCGUAUCCGCUAUCAUCCGUCUACAUUCGCAACGUUCGUGGCGCUGGAACGUCGUCUGCUGCCUCAGACUUUGGAGACAUAGAGGUAGACUACUGUCGGAUGUCAGACCAAUGGGAUAAGUUCAACGAGCUUGGCGAAGUCAUCCCCUACUCGUGGUACACUACCAUUAAUCUUUGGCUUGCGAGUGUACUUCUGCACACCUGCUGGCAAAUGGAUGCCCGUUCAUAUUUAUCUGCAUUUAUUCAGAUAUUUAUUUCCUAUUUAUGGCGCAAAUCUACGUUGGAAUCAUAUGGCGCAAAAUCUAUGUUGGAACCAAGCAGUAAGCCUUGUCGAGGACAUGGUGAAAAAUGGAGUCGCAAGUCUUGGUUCCAUCAUGCAUUUCGCGAAUCUACGAUGGAAUCAUAUGGCGCAAAAUCUAUGUUGGAACCAAGCAAUAAGCCUUGUCGAGGACAUGGUGAAAAAUGGAGUCGCAAGUCUUGGUUCCAUCAUGCAUUUCGCGAAUCUACGUUGGAAUCAUAUGGCGCAAAAUCUAUGUUGGAACCAAGCAAUAAGCCUUGUCGAGGACAUGGUGAAAAAUGGAGUCGCAAGUCUUGGUUCCAUCAUGCAUUUCGCGUCGAAGUCUUGCCAGCGUCCAUUGACGAUGAGGGUGAAAUUGUCCCUUUUGAUGAUUUAAUUAUAACUUGGGAUGCGGGGCGGAUUUCAUAUGAGACUAUAGCACAAAUGAUGAAUCAGUGA